UCCACAGUUCCCCGUGAAAUAACUUACGUAUAAAGCGCCAUUAUGAAAAAAUAUCGCGUACAAUCAUGUACGCUGCAUCCAUCACUGAUCGAGAUAAACUAGAUUUACGAUUUUAUUGGCUUAUAAAUAUUUAAAUUUCAGAACCAAUUUUUUUUUAUAGCUAUUACGCCUAAUAAUUUUAUCGGUUUUCUUCUACGACACAAUAAAAUAUUGCUCUUUUUGUAAUGCCAAAUAAGGUCUUAUUAAAAAAAUUUGUUCUACCUGAAUCCUCACGUAAUAUUUAUCAAAAAUGGAGUACAAAAUUGAGAAUGUAAAUAACCUAAAAAAAAGAUGUGAAAAAGCCAUGAAGAUUGUUCCAAAUUAUGGCGAAUUCACAAAAAAUUAUUUUUCUAUUAAAAAAGAAAAGCUAAGUGAUAUCAUUACACAAUGGCAAAACAAUUAUCCAGAUUUGUAUUACGAAUUAGAGCAAUGGAAGGAAGGAACCGGAUUUACACAUGAAACGAUAGCCUUACUUCGCAAAACCAAAAGCAAAAAAGUAGUAGAAUGCGUAUUUCUAAAGAUUUACGAAUCGGAAGGGACUGAUAUCCUAAACUGUGUUAAUAUUUAUAGAAAUUAUCCAAAGCCAAGCAAAAUUUUGAAAGCACGAAAUAUAAUAUUUAAACACAAGAGUGAAAAACUUUUCAAUCAACUAAUAAAAUCGCACUCUAAAAUCAUGGCAGCUCUUAUUUUAUCCGGAAAUAACGGAAAUGAUGGAUUAAAAAUAUUAUGGAACUAACGGCAUGUUUACAACAUAUAACCAUAAAAAUAUUAGGUUAAAUAACGCCAAUCAAUUCAUAAAAAGAAUUAACUUGUGGGAAUUACUACAACUCGCAUUUUCAUUUGUAUCUAAUGACCAAAAAUCAAACAUCACCAACCGACAACUUGCAUUUCAUUUGUACUUUUUUAAAAAUAUUUGACGUCAUCAACACAAUUUUUAAUUACAAUCAUUCAUUUUUUUUCAGGGUUUAUAAAAAUUCAUAGUUUUCUAUUUUAUAUUAUGCAGCCAAUUCGGGUUUUCCUUUUUUUUUAAUUGCACAAUCAUUAUUUUUUUCACAAGCGAUCAUUU